AUGGCUCGUACAAAGCAAACAGCCCGUAAGUCAACUGGAGGCAAGGCCCCACGCAAACAGCUUGCCACUAAGGCCGCUCGUAAGUCCGCCCCUACCGCAGGUGGUGUCAAGAAACCGCACCGUUAUCGUCCUGGUACAGUCGCUUUACGUGAGAUCCGCAAGUAUCAAAAAUCGACCGACUUGUUGAUCCGCAAGUUGCCAUUUCAGCGCCUUGUGCGUGAGAUUGCUCAGGACUACAAGACGGAUCUACGCUUCCAGAGCACAGCUAUUCUAGCUUUACAGGAGGCAUCGGAAGCCUAUCUUGUGGGUCUAUUUGAAGACACGAACCUGUGUGCGAUUCACGCGAAACGUGUUACGAUUAUGCCAAAGGACAUUCAGCUUGCGCGACGCAUUCGUGGCGAGCGCACGUAA